GACAAACCACCAAACUUAAACCUGCAUCAAGAACAUCACAUCUCUCUCUCUUCUUCUUUUCUCUCUCUCACUUCUUAUCAAUAUAUUACACUGUACUCCCCAAAGUACACAAAAGCCUAACACUCAAAAAGCAUACCCCCAAAAAAAAAAAAAUUGCAAAAAAAAAAAACCCUUGAAGCCCUUUUUUCCAUUUUGCAAUUCCCUUCAUCCAAAACAAUGACAGACCCAAAUUACUCCAAUUCCUUCAACUUCAUCCCUCUGCCUCCAAAUUUCCCCUUUUCCCAAUGCCGCCGCCCUCUUCCUCCUCCUCCUCCUCCUCCUCCGCCGUCCUCGCCGCCGCAAGCCCUCCCUCUCCUCAACACCCUUUCGCCGGAUACCGCCGAUCAUCCCUCCUCCACCACUUCCAGCUACGAUGACGAAUCUGCUGCUCUGGCUCUUGACUUCAGCCUCUCUUGCCCUAGCUCUGAUCUAGACUCCUUCUCGCCGGACCCCGGCACCGGGAAAAUCCUCGACGGCAGGAUUUCCGACCAUCCUUUGUCGAUCUCCUGCAAGGGUCAGUUCUGGAUUCCGACCCCAUCUCAGAUCCUCAUCGGACCUACUCAGUUCUCUUGCCCUCUUUGCUCUAAAGCCUUCAAUAGAUACAAUAAUCUGCAGAUGCAUAUGUGGGGGCAUGGUUCACAAUACAGGAAAGGACCAGAGUCACUGAAAGGAACACAACCAACCGCAAUGCUAAGGCUGCCAUGCUAUUGCUGCGCCGCCGGCUGCAAACACAACAUCGACAACCCUCGCUCACGCCCACUCAAAGAUUUCCGCACCCUCCAAACCCAUUACAAGCGCAAGCACGGCAUCAAGCCUUUCACUUGUAGAAAAUGCACCAAAGCCUUCGCCGUCAAAGGCGAUUGGCGAACUCACGAGAAGAAUUGCGGCAAGAUUUGGUAUUGCUUUUGUGGCUCUGAUUUCAAACACAAACGCUCCCUUAAAGACCAUAUCAAGGCCUUCGGUCGUGGUCACGGUGCUCUCGGCCUUGACUACUUUGAUGACGAUAACGAACCCUCUCCUGAACCCGAGCACCAACCGCAACAUGGCCUCCUCGUUCACCUCCAUUAAUCACGUAUAUCGUUCUUUUUUGUUGUGUUGUGUGUGAUUAAAUAAUGCAGUGUUUGUCGUUAUUGUGUUGUGUAUAUGAUCACCGGUUAUGUGAAGAGGGAGUUGAGAUGGGACUGUCAUACAAAGGUGCAAAUUAAAAUACUGAUUUAGUUGUAAAGUUCUUGGAUAUGUCAAUUUUUAAGCCAAUUUAUAAGGCUCUCCCUCGUGCUCUUUCUAAAUUUUGUGUUUGUAUGAAUGAACGAAUUACACUUAAUGUUU